AUGGCGGCUUCGCUUUACAAGACGCCAUUUUUCUACGCCAUUCCAGACGCGGAAGUUGUGGCAGAGGGAAAAGAUGCGUACACGAAGACAAAAGAAAAAUUAAUGGAAUAUUUCAAACCGAAAUUAAACAAAACGUUCGAAAGGCAUAUAUUUCGUGGUCUAACGCAAAAUGCAAGUGAAUCCGUUGGACAAUAUGCGACGCGUUUAUGGCAACAGGCGAAAUAUUGUGCGUUUACGCAAGAAGACAAAGAAAUACGCGAUCAAGUGAUUGAACAUUGUUAUUCGUCGGAAGUCCGGAAACGUGUGUUAGAAAAAGGAGAUCAGACACUAGUGGAAGUCAUAGCAAUAGCACAGUCAAUAGAAGUAAUGACCGUGCAAAUAAAACAAAUGGAAGGUGAAACAGUAAUUGCAAGAAUCUUCCACGGAACAACACGUAGCAAAGGAAAGAAAAAUCAGAAACAAGACAAGGAUAAGAUAAAGAAGGAUGAUAUUAGAAGAGUCGGAGACUUGGAAGAAAGUCCUGAGCGGAAUGCUAGCGGACAACCGGGUUACAUCUUUGGACUGAUGGGGGAGCCACUCUACGCGCGAGACGAGAGCAGGAUCUGGGUGCGAGUUGGAGGAGUGUCGGUGCAGUUUAUCAUCGACUCUGGAUCAUCGGUUAAUGUCACCGAUGAGCAGACUUGGGGAUUCUGCAAGAAGAAAAGAACUCGUUGCGAUUCAAUGAAGUUACCAGAUAGAAAAAUUUUCGCGUGUGGUCAGGAUAAACCGUUAGAAAUUCUCAGAGAAUUUACGUCAAAAAUGUCGAUCGGAGGAAAAGAGACAAUCGCGAGGAUAAUGGUAAAGAAAAACGCGGGUGAAUCCUUGUUGAGUCGGGAGACAGCGAUAGAACUGGGAGUUUUACGAUUAGGAACACAGUGUCAAAUUUCGAAAAUAGACGAAAGAGAGGAAUCAGUAUUCGAAGGAAUAGGGAAAUUGAAAGAUUUCAGGUUAGUUUUACCAAUCGAUAAUUCUUGUGUUUCGAUGGCACAACCAGUAAGGCGAAUACCAUUUAAAAUACGCGAUAAAAUAAAGAAUGAAAUAGAGAAGUUACUAAAAGCGGAUAUUAUCGAGAAAGUCGAGGAACCUACACCAUGGGUUUCCCCUGUAGUGCCGAUUGAGAAAAAGAAUGAGGAAGUAAAAUUGUGUGUCGACAUGCGACGAGCUAACCAAGCCAUUCAGCGCGAGAGAUUUCCAAUGUCUGUUUUAGAAGACGUACUUACCGAAAUAUAUGAGGCUGAAUACUUUAGUACAAUAGAUAUCGAGAAAGCAUAUCACCAAAUAGAAUUAGUAGAAGAAUCGCGAGCGAUCACAACGUUUGCGACGGAUUUUGGACUUUAUUGGUAUAAACGGCUCAUGUUCGGAAUUAAUUGUGCUACUGAAAUUUUCCAAAGAAUUUUAAGAGAUGUGUUAAAUAGCAUAGAAGGUGUUAUAAAUUAUUUGGAUGACAUUCUAGUCUUUGAUGCUAAUCCAGUAGCCUUAGGCGCGGUUUUAACGCAAUUAGAAACAAAUGGCUGGAGAGUUAUUUGUUAUGCUAGUAGAGGAUUAACGGAUUGCGAGAAAAGAUAUUCGCAAACGGAAAAGGAAGCAUUGGCACUGGUGUGGGUGUGUAAACGGUUUCACAAUUGGAUAUACGGAAGCAAAUUUGAUUUGGUCACAGACCACAAGGCUCUUGAAUGCAUUUUUGGACCGAAAUUGAAACUAUGUACGCGGAUUGAGCGAUGGGUGUUACGGUUACAAGGUUAUAAAUAUAAAGUUAUAUAUGAGAAAGGAAUGUCAAAUAUCGCGGAUCCGUUGUCUAGACUGGUUAUUGAUGAAAAAAAUCGAGGAGAGUUAUACUCGAAAGAAUACGAACAAUAUAUCCGAGCUGUUGUUACAGCAGCAAUAUCUAAAGCGUUAAGAUCAAAUGAGAUUGAAACAGAAUCUGCAAAUGACUCGUUGCUUAAGGAAGUUCGAUUAGCGUUAAAAACAAGGAACUGGGACAGCUUGACGAGCUCAAAGAUGAAGAAAAAAAAGACAGCAGAAAAUUCGAGAAAAUUGACGAAUUACCUAGCGAAUUCGAGUGUUGCUUUUGUACUACGAAGUUUGUCGAACCAGACCAAGAGAGACACUCGCAAGAUGGGAUCUGCGGAUCUGGAAACUGACCUUUCCUCGACUCCAAAUGCCUUCUCCGAUCUCCCCGCUGAGAAAAAGAUCGAGGAACUCAGAUAAUUCCACUCGCAAGGGACUCAACAUCGGCGCGCAGCCCGGAUCGUGUUCUGCCGAGUAAUAUAACAUUAUCAGCCGACUGGGAUAAAGGAUACAAUCGAUAUAGAAGAAUAAAAGUAUAUUCUACGUUUGGGAGGAAACCGAAGAGUCAUAGACCGAGGAAUCAGAAAGUUACACGUCGCCUGGUUUUCCAUGCGAUAUAAAGAAAUUCGGAUCGGAGAAGUUGACUACUGUACCUUGGCUUAUUUGACGAGAUUCACUGAGAGUAUAGAACCAAACGGCCCUUUUCAGGACCACAUAAUAAAUCACAAAAAUAAAUUUAUCCUGAAAAACUUGUAAAAUAAUCGAUAAAAUAAAUUUUCUAAAAAUAUCUUCGUAAAAGCUAAUUAGUUGAUGAAACAUUAACACUACCAUUAGUAAUAGCAUUUAAAUCUAAUU